GCACGACGUUGGCAAAUGGUUGGUUCGGGCCAAUCUCGCCCCACCUUGCGACCGCCUGAGGAAAACUCUGACCUUCACCUUCAGCAGUCAAUCGGUUGUGUUUGAAUAGAAAAUAUUUCCAGCAUUAAUUUCGGGAAUUUAACCAGUCACAUAUCAAAAGAAAUCACUUUACGAUAGACCAGAGAACUGUUGUGAUGAAUGGCCAGCAAUCAAAGCAGUCAUCAGGGCAAUUAUGGCAUCAACUACUGAACUACAACUGAUGUGGUGGGUGGGGUGUGGAUCAUAUUCUAGGAAAUACACACCCCUAGGAGAUAUUGUGAGCACCCUGGAUUACAUGUACAAUGUUGCCAUGAGACUUGAGUUGUGUAUGGUGUCUAACAGUGAAUCUGGUGCAGAUGAGGAGACUCUGAAGCUUGAUGAAAACAGCUGUCUGUUGAAUGAGGUGGGCAAACUGAUGGAACAGGAUCCAACUGAAGAUAAUAACAACCAUGUUACAUUCAUGCUGCACUCAUUCCCGUUCAACAAGAACAAUGCCAUCUCGAUAAUCAGCACAGUCAAAGUGUGCCCCACCAGAACGUCUUGGAGUGUCGGCUUGUCUGCUGUCAGUCGAUGCAUCGGAAACGAAGAUCAGCUGAAAUCUCUGAUGAAACAGUUAGAAAGAUGUUCAUCAUUCUGGUCCCAGAACUCGAGUUGACAAGAACGUGUGACUCUUCAAAGAACAAAUCUGUUUCUGUUAAUGACAUCACAACUCCAAUUGUGGCUGGUGUUGCCAUAGCGAUCAUCACUGCUUGUCAUCUGCAUCAUGGUCUUGUUGGUUGUCAAGAAGAGAAAGUCCAACACAAAUUUCCAAGACAAUGGUGUGAAUAAGCUGAUCAUUUAAUCAGCUUUUCCAGAUAAAUCACAAACAUGUUUGACAUUUUGUAGCUGGCAAAUGACGGAACAGUGCUAGCGUCACCAUUGUUAUAUUGACUAUAUUUAGAGGACUUUAUUAAAUAUUUUGUUGAAUUUGUUCCUUCAGUCAUUAUAUAUUCUUUUAAAACCUUGUAAGUCAAACCAAGUUCAAAGAAGAAAAAACAAAUAUAUCAUUGACAUUGUGAAAAAUCUCAAGUCAAAAUCAACUGAUCAUGUUUGAAAACCUGAUAUCAAAACAUUUACAGAUGACUGCGGCUGAUGUUAAUAUUGAGAAAAAGUCUGGAUACUAAAUCUGAAGGACAAAAUGGUAAUACAUGAUCAGGGCCGUAUCUCUGCACAAUGCAGAGUAAAGUGAGCAAUAGGCAAAACAAUAGUCAAUUACAUUUCAGCCUUCUUGCACCGCCACUUCCAGUCUAGUUUAUUAAAUCAAACUUAAAUUUAAUAAAUUACACAAGCCAUUAAGUCCAUUUUUCUCUAACACUGUUGGGUGAUGCGAGGUUUGAAUAAACAGCUGGUACAACAGAGACCAUAUGAACAUUUGUCAUCAUGGACAUUUCCUUGUUUCUCACCAACUGCACCAAACAAAUAAAAUCACCUACAUAAUGGUUCCAUGGACCUGCACUUGACUUUUUUUUAUUUUUAAAAACAGCACUUUUAUCAUUCUUAAUCAAAAAUUAUAAACACAGUUAUAUGUACCUAAUUUCAAUAAACAGAUAAUCGAUACAG